AAAACCUUUCCGGUUUCUCUCCCUAUCUCAGGUCACUCCCUCCGCGCUGUCAGCAGCUCUUGCGCGGUUCAAACUUGGCUCCUUCGAUCCGAACAAGACCCCGCUUCACUUCAACUGGUUUUCUUUUGUCGUUUAAAGACUUUAAACAGUUCUUAAUCGUUUGUCGAGGACCGUUUCGCGACGGCUUUCGGGGGAAGGAGGACUUGUCGAGCUUUUCGGUCUAGAAGCAGUUGAGAAGCGGGGGGAGAUGACCAGCUGAGGACUGGAAACCUUAAAAAAAACAGGGCCUGUUUCUGUAAUGAUUGAUCAAUGCAGCCACAAUGGCGUUAAAGGCACAAGUUUUAUAUGACUUCACCGCUGAGCCUGGAAACAAUGAGCUGACAGUGAAAGAAGGCGAGACGAUCACAAUCACUAAUCAGCAUAUUGGAGGCGGUUGGAUUGAAGCACAGAACUCAAGAGGGGAGGUCGGACUGGUGCCUGAAGAUUACAUUGAGUUCAAUAAGGAAUUUCCCGCAUUUCCAGCAGCAGCAACCACAGCACCGCCUUCAAACGCAGGAAACGUCGCAUAUCCGGACCUUUCUGUCUUUGAUGCGUUUUCACCUGCAUCAGCACCUGCACAAAACCAGGUGGAGUCUGGGGCUUUGAGUCCCGAGCCAGAAACCCCAGACACCCCAGUUUCCCCCCUCUUCCCGUCCCCCGAGGAGGCUAGCAAUGGAAACGAUCCCUGGUCAGCGUGGAAUGCAGACCCCUCUGGAGGCUCCAACAACAACUGGGCGUCUAAUCCAGAGGGCACGCAGACUGGGAAGAGUGCAGCCGACCCCUGGGGCUCUGUAUCACAGGGUCACCCUCAGGCUUACCAAGGACCAGCCAAAGACAUCUACCCAUAUCCUUACCUUAUUGAUUACACAGGGGCAGAGUUUGAUGAGUGGGAUGAUGAAUGGGAUGAAAAGUCAACUGGCUACACCGAAUCAGAAUCUGGGGAUGGUCUUGGAAUACAAAGAGGAGGAAUGCACGCUUCUUCAAUGAAAAUAUCCCUCAAUAAAUUUCCAGGAUUCUCCAAGUCUGGUCCGGAGCUCUACCUUCUUUGCAAACAGAUUGCAAAAGGGAAAGACAAGCUGUCGAUAUAUGUGGGUGAGGUCGGUCCGGUGUGGUCCUACCCAGAGUCCCAGUUAGACUGCUUAGUAGCUGAUCCCAAGAAAGGGUCCAAGAUGUAUGGCCUGAAGAGCUACAUAGAGUACCAAAUCACACCCAAUACAACAAACCGCCCAGUCAAUCAUAGGUACAAGCACUUUGACUGGCUUUAUGAGAGACUCCUGGAUAAAUUUGGGUCAGCCAUUCCCAUCCCGUCUUUGCCAGACAAGCAGGUUACAGGCCGCUUUGAGGAGGAGUUUAUUAAAAUGCGCAUGGAGCGGUUGCAGGGUUGGAUGUCCAGGAUGUGCCGACACCCUGUUGUUUCUAACAGCGAGGUGUUUCAACUUUUCCUCACAUACAAAGAUGAAAAGGACUGGAAGAUGGGUAAGAGAAAAGCAGAGAAAGAUGAGACAGUCGGAGUGAUGAUCUUCUCCACCAUCGAGCCUGAAGCCCCGGAUCUGGAUCCUGUAGAAGUGGAGCAGAAAUGUGAGCAGUUCAGUAAGUUUACCAAAGCAAUGGACGACAGCGUGAAGGAAAUCCUCACUGUAGGACAAGAGCACUGGAAGAGAUGCACAGGACCUCUGCCAAAAGAAUACCAGAGAAUAGGAAAAGCCAUACAGAACCUGUCCUCCGUCUUCACCAGCAGUGGAUACCAAGGUGAGUCGACUUUAACCGAUGCCUUGACAACGGCGGGGAAGACGUACGAGGAGAUAGCCCAGUUGGUGGCAGAACAGCCCAAGAAAGAUCUUCACUUCCUCAUGGAGACCAACAAUGAAUAUAAGGGCAUACUUGGAUGCUUCCCGGAUACCAUUGGAGUUCACAAGGCAGCUUUAGAUAAGGUGAAAGAAGGGGACAAGCUGGUGGCCGCAAACAAAAUCACCACUCAGGACAAAACAACUAUGGCGAAACGUCUCAGCACCAUGUCUUACGCUUUACAAGCUGAGAUGAACCACUUCCAUAGCAACCGUAUCUACGACUACAAUCGGGUAAUGCAGCAGUAUCUGGAGGAGCAAGUCAAGUUUUAUGAGACGAUUGCUGCCAAGCUGAGACAAGCUCACAGUCAGUUCACUACAAUGUGAGAACAUUCUCACGCUACAAGACAAAAUUAAAGCAGAUCCUGCCGAAAACGCUUUUGCUUGUGUCAUGUUCUUCACUUCUGCAUUUCUUUGUAGCCUGAUCCCAUCUCUUCUUUUGCUGCCCAUGCCAACAGUUCCAGGUUGUUUUGUUGUUUCCUUUUACUAAUUGAAGCACAGAGGAUGAGAGCAAGAGCAGGAAAACUUUGACGGCAAUGUUGACGGAUGGAGUACGACACAAUUUACAUAAGCCUUUUCCUCUGUCCAAGGUCCACAGCUUGUAACACAGGAUGUCAACAUCCGAGCUGCUCGGCUGCCCUUUGAGCAGCCAUGAAUUCUUUCAUUGCUUGAGUUAAGCAGCAACUUUGUAAUCUGCCGUCAUGCACUGAUAUUCUGCCUACAAAAACCAAAGUCUUUGUCUACUUUCAGUCUCAAAUAAAAGCUUUACUGCAUAUUUCUCAGCUGACAGCAGGUUUAUUCCAUUUAUUGCUUCAUCAGCUUUGUGGGCCAAAGCAGAGGUGCAGCAAAGCUAAAGGCAGACUUUCCUUACUCUGUGUUUUCACUGCUGGCAGUGCCUUACUCGAUUUCAUCCUGCGCUUCCUCAAAAGCUAACGGGAAACUCCACCUUCUUCCUGCUUUGCAUACUUUUUUUUUUUUUUUAGCUCCUUCUAGCAACUAGAGGUGCUUUUUGGGCCUAUUUUAACGCCUCACUUCACACUCUGUCAAGAAACAUCUCAGUUGGAAAAUAAAAAAAGGAAACAA